CGUUGGAGGCGCGUCCAUUUUGUCGACGCGUACGAUCCCGGUUAGUCGACGCCGGUGUAGAGUAUAAUUCACGUUCGAUGUGAGUUCACAGCCACGGGGCGGUUAUAGUCGUGUAGGGUCAAUCGCGAGCAGUGGCUGUCUGUCGGCGGCGUACCGUAUCAUAUAAUUUACGUCUUUCGAUUCGUUGAAUAAGUCUGUUUGUAAACGUGUGUGAGAACUCUGUAGAAGGGCAAUCGUUUAGAAGAUUAUCAAGGAAAACUCGAAAACCUAAUAGACCUAUCAAGAGAUUUUUUUUUCUUUUCCGUCUAUCGCGUCUUCUUUCGAGAUUUUGGGACAAGAUGGCGGAGAUACAGGGAACCCCGGUAGCUCAGGACGCCCUGUCCGUCGUACAGCUGGAACUUGGUGGUAAUCCAAAUGCCUUGGCGUUGCGCAGGCCGUUCGACCCGGUGGCACAUGAUCUCGAUGCGACCUUCCGCUUAACGCGGUUCGCCGACCUAAAAGGAUGAGGGUGUAAAGUCCCUCAGGAGGUUCUUGGGAAACUCCUAGAGGGACUACAGGCCGACGAUAAUGCCGCACAGGAUCAUGAACAUGCCCACUUUAUGCAUAUGGCCAUUCCGCGCAUCGGCAUUGGUAUGGAUUCUUCCGUAACUCCUUUAAGACAUGGUGGACUAAGCUUGGUACAAACGACAGAUUUUUUCUACCCACUAGUCGAUGAUCCCUAUAUGAUGGGAAAAAUUGCAUGCGCCAAUGUCAUCAGUGAUUUAUAUGCCAUGGGAGUCACUGAAUGUGACAAUAUGUUAAUGUUGUUGGGUGUCAGUACAAAAAUGACAGAAAAAGAGCGUGACGUUGUUGUUCCAUUAAUUAUGAGAGGUUUUAAAGAUUCAGCAUUGGAAGCUGGAACGACUGUUACUGGUGGUCAAACAGUUGUUAAUCCUUGGUGUACAAUAGGUGGUGUUGCUUCUACCGUUUGUCAACCAAACGAAUAUAUUGUACCAGAUAAUGCAGUGGUUGGCGAUGUACUUGUGUUAACAAAACCUCUUGGUACGCAAGUUGCUGUAAAUGCGCAUCAAUGGCUGGACCAACCUGAUCGUUGGAAUAGAAUUAAACUUGUUGUUAGUGAAGAUGAUGUAAGGAAAGCUUAUCAACGAGCAAUGGAUAGUAUGGCUCGAUUAAACAGAAUAGCUGCGAGAUUAAUGCAUAAAUAUAAUGCACAUGGAGCAACGGACGUUACAGGCUUUGGCCUUUUAGGACAUGCACAAAACCUCGCAAAACACCAGAAAAAUGAAGUCUCCUUCGUUAUCCAUAACUUACCUGUUAUUGCGAAGAUGGCAGCGGUAGCUAAAGCUUGCGGUAACAUGUUCCAAUUACUUCAAGGACAUUCUGCUGAAACAAGCGGCGGGCUUCUUAUAUGCCUUCCUCGAGAACAGGCGGCUGCAUAUUGCAAAGAUAUAGAGAAACAAGAGGGUUAUCAAGCGUGGAUAAUUGGUAUUGUGGAAAAAGGAAAUCGUACUGCUAGAAUAAUCGAUAAACCUCGAGUAAUCGAGGUACCAGCCAAGGAAAAGGAUGGAGAGCUCUGGUAAAAUAGCCGAAGAUUCUCAUUCGUUCUUUCUAUACAUUUAUAUAUUUAGAUAGCACACUGGAACACGCGACAUACAAUUAAUAACACAAUCGAAUUACACGUGCAGGAUUUAAGAAAUCUAAGCCUCCAAUUUAUUCAAUUUAUUUCACUUUUGCUUUUGCUUGACAAAAAUAUUAUCUCGUUACGAUAAUAGCAUUUUA